CUGUUAUGUAUGUACAUCCAUGGUGCUUGCGUGACACUCCUCUCUGUUCUUUGUUCUUCUUUCUGAAUCCAAUUUGAUCUAAGAUAUUCCAAAAAUGGCGAAAGUUGAUGAACAAAUUCAAAUCAAUAGUCAUAAACACAAGAAGAUGUUCAUUGGUGUAGUCUGGAAUUGCCCUGGUGAAAUCAAAUUAUUAUUAUCUGCUCUUUUGUUUCUCUGUUCGAUCAUCAGUGUGUUUCAGUUCUUCCCUUCUUAUAUUCGGGAUCUUCGGGAUUGCGCCGCAGUCCCACCGCCGUCCACCGUCGUCGAGCUUCUUGCUACAUCCGCACCGCGGAUACAAAACAAGAAGCUCGACGAUGUGGUGCUUGAAGGCGGCGUUAUUAAGAGAAACUUCAAGGGAUACGGCUCUGCGGCGUAUAAUUUUAUACUUAUGUCGGCGUAUAGAGGCGGCGGCGACACGUUCGCCGUCGUAGGGUUGUCGUCGAAACCCUUGCACCUAUUCGCGAGACCUACUUAUGUCUGCGAAUGGGUGCCACAUCCCGCGACGGGGAAUAAUAAGAAUAUCUCCGUCGUGGGGUAUAAAAUCCUCCCCGACUGGGGGUACGGACGUGUGUACACUGUAGUUGUAGUCAACUGUACUUUUCCGUUCCCAGUUGGGGAGGAUGGAAGCGGUGGACAAUUACUCGUCCACACCUCCACCUCUGGCGGUGGUGACACUGACUUCAAUGUCAGUGACACCGUUGAAGCGUUGGUGGAAGCUCCAGGGAGCUUCCACGCUUCACAGUUAGACGUUCCGCCAAAAUACGAGUACUUAUACUGCGGGUCGCCUCUUUAUGGCGACCUGAGCCCUCAACGGGUGCGCGAAUGGAUCGCGUACCACGUGAAUUUGUUUGGGGAGAGGUCGCAUUUCGUGAUACACGACGCAGGCGGUGUUCACCGUGAUGUUAUGGAGGUUUUACGGCCGUGGAUCGAAAAGGGUUACGUGACGUUACAGGAUAUAAAGGAGGAGGAGAGGUUUGAUGGGUAUUAUCAUAACCAGUUUCUCGUCGUGAAUGAUUGUUUGCAUCGAUACAGAUUCAUCGCUAAAUGGAUGUUUUUCUUCGACGUUGAUGAGUUUAUAUAUGUUCCUAAAGAAACCACCAUUAAAGACGUUACGGAUUCGUUGUUGGGGUAUACACAAUUCUCCAUCGAACAAAGAACCAUGUCGAACAAGCUUUGCUACCUCGAUGAUGAUCCCGGCAAAAUUUACAGGAAAUGGGGGAUCGAGAAGAUGGUAUACAAGGACACAAAGAGGGGAAUUAGGAGAGACCGAAAAUACGCUAUCCAACCACGGAACGUAUUUGCAACGGGUGUACACAUGUCGCAAAAUCUCAUGGGGAGAACAAUGCACAAAAUGGAUGGGAAGAUAACAUACUACCAUUACCAUGGAACAAUUUCGGAGCGACGAGAGCCAUGUCGCCAGCUGGUAAACACCACCACAGAGAAUGUCGAUGGAACACCUUAUGUAGUGGAUACCACCAUGAGGGAGGUUGCCGGAGCCGUCAAGAGAUUUGAGCUCCGAACAAUUGGUCCAGUGUUGCUAAAGACUCGUCAAUGACCGAAGAGUUGCAUCCUAUUAAUUUUUUUUGUUGUAUUAUAGAUAAUAUAGUAAUAUUUUUAUAAAUAUUUACAUAACGAGCAUAGGAAAGGAUACACAUUUCAAUAUUGAUUUUUUGGUGUAAAUUUGUUUGUAUUAUUUAUUCAAUCCAUUAACUUUAUUUCGUA